UAUAUUUCAAUUUUAUCUAAAAAAAAAAAAGUAAACAUUUGUUGUUACUAAAAUUAUCUUGGACGUUGUUGCUCCAGCUUCUCAUUGGCUGGUAACCCGGAAGUUAUCAGGAUGAUUUUGGUUAGCGCGAAAGCAGAAAGCGAGAAUUGUUGUAGUUUUUCCUCAGAGCUGCGGGACCACCUAAACGUUUUAAGAAGCUAGUUGUUGUGGUUUCAACUGACUUUCAUUCGCCAUGUGUGAAAAGAUUAAUAAGGUGAACAGCUGGCUCAGCACAGUGUUUGGAGAUCAGCCGGUGCCACACUUCGAGGUCAACACGAGGACGGUGGACAUACUGUACCAGCUGGCGCAGUCCAGUGAGGCCCGGUGCAGUGACACAGCUCUCCUGUUAGAAGACCUCAAACAGAAAGCAUCCGAGUAUCAGGCUGAGGGAGCUCAUCUUCAGGAUGUUCUUCUACAAGGCGUUGGCCUGUCCUAUGCAAGCUUGUCAAAGCCUGCCUCUGACUACUUGUCUGCGUUAGUGGACACCGCGAUGGUGCUUGGAGUCAGAGACACAUCACUCGGCAGCUUUAUGCCUGCAGUGAACAACCUCACCAAUGAACUUCUGGAAGCGGAGAAGGCAAACAGGAGACUUGAGAGGGAACUCAGGGCCCUCAGAAAGAGGCUUGGUGCUACUCUGGUGCUGCGGAGCAACUUACAAGAAGACGCCAGCAAAACUGUCAAAUCUCAGGCAGUGGAGAGCGCUAAAGCAGAGGAGAGACUGCUCAACAUGGAUUUUGUGACGGCAAAGGCUAAAGAACUUGGCAACAGACGGGAAAGGGCAGAGACUCAGCUCGUAUCCAGGAAUAUGGACAAGUCCAUUACCCACCAGGCUAUUGUGCAGCUCUCUGAGGAAGUCACCGCGCUGAAACAAGAAAUAAUCCCCUUGAAAAAGAAGCUGGAGCCUUACAUGGACUUAAGCCCGAGCCCGUCUCUUGCUCAAGUGAAAAUUGAAGAAGCAAAAAGAGAAUUGGCUGCAAUUGACUGCCAGCUUGAGAAGAACAUGGAUUUCAAGUGAAAAUCUUUCCUGUUUUGAGCUGUAAAUUUUCCUUGUUUGAAACAUAAUAAAGUAAUCAUGUCAAUGUC